GAGGCGCCGCAGUGCGCAAUCGCAACUUUCAGCUCCAGUCACAUGGAACUGAACGGUGAUCAGUGAGUUUAAUAUUGAACAUUGGAUAUUUAACAGUGACCAGAGCAGCCUGACUCGCAGUCAAGUCGCUGGACUGAACUCUUUAUCGGGAUUAAACACGGACGCUGCUCUUCAUCGUCACAUGGACCUGGAUGCUGAUCAGGGACCAGUGCAGCCUGACCCCCAGUAAAGUCACUGGACUGAACUCUACAUCGGGAUCAGUCACAGACGCUGUUUCUUCAUCGGUGGUGACUCUACAAUUGCAACAUGCAGCCAGUAGGCUUAUCGAGCACAGGCGAGCUCUUCGAUUCUCUGAAGGUGUAUCUGAACAACAAGAAGAGACUACAACCCAUCAUUGGCCUGGGCAGCAUUAUAGAGUGUGUGAAGGUGGGGGAGCACUGCAGAGAAGCAUCGUACCUGUGCGAGGUGUGUGUGUGUCGACUGAGUAAAGCCGACAUGCGGAACCACAUCAGCGGGAGUCUCCACAGAUACAACUACAUUAAAGCCUGGCACCCCCAUCUAGUGUGUGAAUGGAAGGAGAACUCUGACCUGUCGAGGCUGGCCUGGCCACUGAUGGAGAUCGCCAGGAAAAUCGAGGCAAAAGAAGGGAGUGGAGAUGUCCAGUUAAUAGAGGUUGGAGACGUUCUAUACCAGAAGAUGGCAACACUCAGCGAGAAUGAUGCAGUAACUCUGAUUGCAGCAGUAAAAACUGUAAGAGAUUGGCAGGGUGGACCCGAGUGCCUCUCUCAGGCUACAUCUGGUCAGCUGGAGCCACAUUCCGACCAAUCGCAGAGGACUGUGUUGCUCGGUAGCCACCAACUGCCCAAUAGCGAGAGCUCCCUUGAUGCUGAUGUGAUCUCGCAUAAGAUGUCAACACAGACCAACAAUCCUUAUCUGAUGCAUUCAACCGCAGCUCCUACUGUUGAGUCAGAGGGCUGGUUAACAAACACCUCAACGUCACACUCAAACAACACUGAGCCAUCUGUGAUCUCAGAGAACAGCAGCAGCUUUCUUCAUGGCUACAGAGGAACCAAUCCUCUUAUUGGUCUGGGCCGCGUAGUCGAGUGCAGGAUAGACACUGGCUGCACCUUCCUUUUCUUAUGCCACUGCUGCCGCAUCCGAACCAACAAAAGGGACAUCAUUGAUCACCUGACCGGCUCGUCCCACCUCAUCAACUACUUGAUGGAAACUAAUCCUGAGCAAGUGGACACAUCGACUGCAGAUAUUAAUGACAACUUUCUCCGAUCACUGGCCGAAAAAGUGGAGCGAGAGGAAGGCAGAGGAGAGCUGAAGGUGAUAAACGCACCAGAGUCACUCUGUACCCAACUGACUGGCAGAAGUUACCACUGGUGUUUGAGGAUGCUGUGUAACAGAUGGACUACAAGUACCCCAAAAAACAAAUUAACUGUCAGAGGGCAUAGUGUGAACAAGACCUUGGUUGAGGGCGUGACGGAGAAACAUUCUGCCGUUCUGUCAAUUUUGGGGAAAAGGACGAAGACAAAGAAGAAGAAGGGGAAAGUGGCUGGUACUUUAUUUACGGUAAGCCUGCCUCUUACCAAAGGUCCAGUGGUACUGCAGAGGACGUCUUUCAGCAAGGACAUCCUCCCGGUGUCCUGUUCACCACCACCGGCCUCAGACCUCUUCCCAUCACCCGAGUCUGACCCUGAUGAUGGCGAUGCUGGAUCGUUUGCCGUUGACCAUGCUCCACACGACCUCUACAGUGGAGGUGACGAGACCGGUCAGUACAUGGCAGGAGAGACAAACUGCACAGUCACUCUUUAUCAAAUGGUGGAUGGUUAUUCCAGUGAUAAUGAACACUUAGGCCAGUCCAAUGACACAACUGAGAGAGAAGAUCACAAGGGUUACUGGGAAAGGAAUCACGAUAGACACCACGGUUCUCAAGAGAGAUCAAGAGGGAACUUUGAUGAAGACAUCGCAACAGAAUAUCGACACACACACACUGAGGAGCUGCCGCCUGCCAUGCCCCACGCUUACAUUCCCUGCACACCUGAGAUGGGUUAUGCUGAACAGUGGUAUCACCAACAACUGCUCCAAAAUCCUCACAUGGCACCAGGUCAUACGAGUCCCAUGACGGUGGCUGCGGGGCUUAGUGGUAGAGUGGCUCCUCGUUCAGACGCCGCUCGGAUCAACACGUGUCCUCAGUUAGGAGACGUCCAUGCCUACAGUGGCAGUUUCGCACCAGAGACUAGCAUGUGCUCUCAUGGGACUGAGCAGAGACAAGUGCCAACAUACUUGGAGUUCACCGCUGGCAAUGUCCAGAUAACUCCACAAAGUUAUAUGACGCCUCCUCCGGCCUAUCAUGGUGUCCAAACAGGCCAAGGGGCGAUGUCUGACCCCAGCUACAGUUAUGGACAGACAACUGAACCUGACUGCUACUCUCCCUAUCCAGACAGCAGCAGCAGCAGCAGCGGUGGUGGGGACAUGUCCUGGACCAAUGCUUUCAUCCCACCCGUGCCAUCUCUGUAUUAUGGAACCAGCUCUGAUUCAGAUUUCAGAGGCACUGUGCGGCUGAGGGUUGAUGAUUUCCAGGGGUGGCGCUAGAACUCUGAUGGUCCAACAUGGCUUCUAAUUGUGCUGUCUUGUUAUGCUCACAUAUAAAAUCAAUAUGAGGGAUGUUUGCCUCUGAGUUUAGAGAUCAGACUUUGACUUUUUGACUCACAAUCAGUGUUAUUUUUGUUUGACAUAUUUUCUUUGACGUGUUUUUAAAAAGCGUUAUGGGGAAGAUUUGUUUUUUCUUUUUUUAUUUAGAAAAGAUAUUUGUCUUGAAAACUUUUUGUUAUUCUUCAAUUGAUUAUUAUAAACAUGAUUUCAGCUAUGCAGAGAGGAUCGGAGAUAGAGUAUAAAAAACUUUAUAAUUUAUUUGCUGUAUUGUUAGGUCUCUCAUGUAUCCUAACCAAGUGAAGGUGAGAGACAUUUCAGUGUUUUCAUUCCCUUUGAGUUCUGAGCCAAAGCAGCAAAGUGAUAAAAAGAGAGAAACUGUGAUCGGGUGUCACUAAAUACAUUGAAUGAACACCCACAUUUUUUUUCCUGGUGGAUACCAGUGUGACUUCAUGAAUGUUUAAACUGAGCCUGAAUAACUUGGAAGAAUUGUCUUUAAAAUCCAUAGAAUGUGUAAUGGCUCACUUUGAAUUGGUGCUCCAGUUAGUUUUCUACUUUUUUUAAAAAAAAAGCUGAAGCCUGUCAUGAAAUGUGAAAUGUCCUGCUCAACCAGCUGAAUAAAGAACCUUCUGAGAUUA